AUCUUAGAUUACAUAAUAGCAUCACAAACAUGCCAAACAUUAAACCCAUUUAGCUAUUGCUCUAUCAUAAAUUAGCAUAAUCUACGAUUUAUUGCAGUGUUUAAGUAGACUUCAUCACUUGCUCUAUGAUCUAGCUCGAUCCAUAUUUAUCACGCCGCAGAUAGUCCGUUGUUAAUUGAAGCCGAAUCUGGUUUUUGAUUCGGACAUAAAUUUGCUUGGAUAGCAAAUUCCAUUGCGAUGGCCAGCAACGAAUGGGAGGUAUUAGCUGGUGAAUAGUGUAGCCACUUUUUGCACGCCAAGUUCAAUGGAUGGGACCAUCCGUCAAUCCGUUUUGAUUGAUGAUGUGCAUUAUUUCCGUUGUUUGGACUCGCUUCUAUAUAAAGGCCUCGCCCGGCUACUGAAUAGUGAUUAUUCGUUACUUCAACUCAAUAACACACGGAACUUCGCCGCUUCUAAUGCAAUUCUAUAUCCUGGUUCUCGCCCUGGUGGGCUGCGCAGCUGCCGAUGGGGGCUACAAGUAUGCGGCUCCCGGCUCAGCUGUGGCUGCUUCAGUUGCCGCUCCUGUGAAGGCAUAUGUGGCACCAGCUGCUGUCUCGGCUGCAGUUCCAGCUCCUGCUGCUGCUCCUGCUCGCUCUUAUGUGCCACCAGCUCCAGUCGCCUCACGUCCAGCACCUGCACCGGCUCCCACUGCUGCAGCUGCUCCUACCGCCCAGGCUCGUCAUUAUGCAGCUGCUUCUGCACCAGUGCAGUCCCUUGCUGUUCCAAUCGCAGCUCCUGCUCUUAGUUUCCAGUCUGCCGAUUCCUCAGACUCCACUUUCGAAGCAGCUGCAUCGGCUCCGGCUGCCGCCCAUGCCGGCUACGAAUACCGAACUGUGCGUCGUCGCAUCUACAAGCAUCGUGCAUAAAGAGUUUACUCAAACAAUUUGAAUAAAUUGAUUUGCAAUCAGA